CGCCUUCCUCCAGAGCCUGUGCCGGAAGUGGCGCCGGUUGUCGCGGGUGUGAUGGCUUCAAGGUUACUUCGCGGAGCUGGAGCGCUGGCCGCGCAGGCCCUGAGGGCCCGCGGCCCUCCUGGGCUGGCUGCCGUCCGCUCUAUGGCUUCUGGAGGUGGUAUCCCUACUGAUGAGGAGCAGGCGACUGGCCUGGAGAGAGAGAUCAUGCUGGCGGCCCAGAAGGGACUGGACCCGUACAAUAUACUAGCCCCAAAGGGGGCUUCAGGCACCAAGGAAGACCCUAAUUUAGUCCCGUCCAUCACCAACAAGCGAAUAGUGGGCUGCAUCUGUAAGUAGUUCAUGACUGUUUUC